UUUAAAAGGAGCAACCAAAAAAGCCUGCCAGAUACAUCAUAAGGAAUAUUAUGCUAGGGCUUAUACCAGCAAUUAGUUCUGAUUACUGGGGAGCUUUUGAGGCGCAAAAUGGCCGUGAUGAUUGGAAUCGCUUUCAGAGUUUCUUGGCUUUGUUGCCUGCUAAUUGGCGGGAUAACCUGUUCUACAUCAAGUGAUGGGUAUCCUGCACCAGGUUCUGAUGCAGCAUGGCUCUAUACAGGCCCACUUAGGUCUAAAGGAUAUGGUAAUUACAACUCUCCAACAGCUCAAUUGCAAGCGCAGCUGACCGAAGAGCAACAGAAACAUCUGGGAGCCAUCCUGCAAAAGCAACUGGCCCCCAUGCCCCAGGCACCUCAGAAAAUGUGGUAUCCAACUCAAAUGCCCCAGCAGGAAAAGCAACCGGCCGCCAUGACCCAACAGCAGACGCUAUCGGCCUUUUAUCCUAAGCAGCUUCAAUCAAUGUUGUAUCCAGCUCAAAUGCUGCUGAAGCAACUGACUGCCAUGCCCCAGCAAGUGUGGUAUCCGCCUAAGCCCCAGAAGCAACUGGCCGCUGAUCCUCAAGAGCAGAUUGAACUGACCGCCAUGCCCCAGCAACCAUGGUAUCCAGCUCAAAAGCCCCAGCUGCAGAAGCAACCGGCUACUGAACCUCAGCAGCAGAAGGAACCGGCCUCCAUAACCCAGCAACCUCAGCAAGUGUUGCAUCCAGCUCAAAUGCUGCUGAAGCAACUGACUGCCAUGCCCCAGCAAGUGUGGUAUCCAGCUAAGCCCCAGAAGCAACUGGCCGCUGAACCUCAGCAGCAAAUUCAACUGACCGCCAUGCCCGGGCUACCUCAGAAAAUGUGGUAUCCAACUCAAAUGCCCCAGCAGGAAAAGCAACCGGCCGCCAUGACCCAACAGCAGACGCUAUCGGUCUUUUAUCCUAAGCAGCUUCAAUCAAUGUUGUAUCCAGCUCAAAUGCCCCAGAAGCAACCAGUUACUGAACUUCAGCUUCAGAAGGAACAGGCCUCCAUACCCCAGCUACCUCAGCAAGUGUGGUAUCCAGUUCAAAUUCCUCAGCAGCAAAAGCAACCAGCUACUGGUCCUCAGCAGCAGACGGAACUGACCACCAUGUCCCAGAAGCAACCAGCCCCAAUGCCUCAACCGCAGAAGCAACAGGCCACUAUGCCCCCGCAAGUAUGGCAUCCAGCUCAAAUUCCUCAGCAGCAAAAGCAACCAGCUACUGGUCCUCAGCAGCAGAUGGAACUGACCACCAUGCCCCAGAAGCAACCGGCUCCAAUGCCUAUACCGCAGAAACAACCAACAGCUAUGCCCCAGAAAGCAUGGUAUCCAGCUCAAAUGCAGCAGAAGCAACCGGCCACCAUGCACCAGCAAGCGUGGCAUCCAGCUCAAUUGCCCCAGCAGCAAAAGCAACCGGCUACUGAACCUCAGCAGCAGAAGGAACCGGCCUCCAUAACCCAGGAACCUCAGCAAGUGUUGCAUCCAGCUCAAAUGCUGCUGAAGCAACUGACUGCCAUGCCCCAGCAAGUGUGGCAUCCAGCUCAAAUGCCCCAGAAGCAACAAACCGCUGAACCUCAGUGGCAUCCAGCCAAAUUUCCCCAGGAGCAACCAGUCCCUAUGCGUCACCUGCAGAAGGAACUGACCGCCAUUCCACCACUGAGGCAAUCCGCUCAAAUUCCCCAGCAGCAUAAGCAACCGGCUGCCAAGCAUCAGCAAUUGUGGCAACUGGCCCCCAUUCCCCAGCAGCCUCAUGACGUGUGGUAUCCAGCUAAAAUGGUCCAGAAGCAACAAGCAGCUGCAACUCGGCGGCAGAAGGAACUGACCACCAUGCCUCAAGAGUGGCAUCCAGCUCAAUUUCCCCGGCAGCAGAAGCAACCAGCCCUAAUGCUUUUACCGCAGAAGGAACUGACCGCCAUACACCAGCAACCUCAGCAAGUGUGGUAUCCAGCUCAAAUGCCCCAGAACCAACCAACCACUGAACCCCAGCAGCAGAAGCAACCGGCUGCUGAACCUCAGCAGCAGAAGGAACCGGCCACCAUGCCCCAGCAACCAUGGUAUCCAGCUCAAAAGCCCCAGCUGCAGAAGCAACCGGCCGCUGAACCUCAGCAGCAAAUUGAACCGACCGCCAUUCCUCAGCAAGUGUGGCAUCCUGUGCACAUUCCCCAGCAGCAACAGGAACUGGCCACCAUACCCCAGCAAGUGAGGUAUCCAGCUCAAAUGCCCCAGAAGCAUCUGGCCUUCAUGCCUCUACCACAGAAGCAACCGACCACCAUGCCCCAGCAAGAGUGGCAUCCAGCUCAAAUGCCCCAGCAGCAGAAACAACUGGCCACCAUGCUGCAGAAGCAACCAGCCCCAAUGCCUCAACCGCAGAAGCAACAGGCCACCAUGCCCCCGCAAGUAUGGCAUCCAGCUCAAAUGCCUCAGCAGCAAAAGCAACCAGCUACUGAACCUCAGCAGCAAAUUGAACCGACCGCCAUUCCCCAGCCACCUCAGCAAUUGUGGCAUCCAGAUCAAUUUCUCCAGGAGCAGAAGCAACCAGCCACUAUGCAUCCAUUGACCGCCAUUCCAUCACAACUGUGGCAAUCCGCUCAAAUGCCCCAGCAGCAUAAGCAACCGGCUGCCGUGCUUCAGCAAGUGUGGCAUCGGGCACAGAAGCAACCGGCCCCUAUGCCCCAGCAGCCUCAAGACGUGUGGUAUCCAGCUAAAAUGGUCCAGAAGCAACAAGUCGCUGCACUGACCGCCAUGCCGCAGACACAUCAGCAAGUGUGGCAUCCAGCUGAAUUUCCCCAGCAGCAGGAGCAACCGACCGCCGUACCCCAGCAAGUGAGGUAUCCAGCUCAAAUGCCCCAGCAGCGGAAGCAACACACUGCCAUGCCACAGCACCAACUGACCCCCAUGCCUCAGCAAUUAUGGCAUGUAGCUCAAAUGCCCCAGAAGCAACUGGCCCCAAUGUCUCAGCAGAAGCACUACGAAAGCACUGAAGAUGGUGCCUCUAGUAGCACUCAGGUCAGCAUCGUUGAACAGUCGGGUGUCAUCCCAAUCUAUUCCUACAGUUCCAAAUCGCACUACGAGAAUGGCAGAACUGUCUUCUCCCAAACCCGCUACACUCCUAGGGAGGCUAUCCCUGUUGACAGUGGAAGUGCGCCCAAGGACAGUUUUGUUGGUACUGGUGCACCAAGUGUAUAUCCAUCACUAGUGAAGGAUUCUGCAAGCUAAUGGUUCACUUUAACCUGCUCUGAUCUUUGCUCUCUGAAUUUGAAGUCCUUUGUACUAACCAUAUCUUUCAACAGGAAAAUGUAAUGGAUUCAUCCUCUAGAAGCUAAUGGUGAGAAUUGUUUUUGACAUUGGUUACUUAACAUUCUGUGUUGCUGACACUGCAUUUCUUUCUGCUUUUGUUUCGACCAGGAAGUUGCUGGUGCUCUUGCUACGCUAGAGUGAGGGAGUACAUGAACCAUUUUACUUUACAAAAUGCCUUGUCUCUUUGAAAUAAUGGUUCUCGUGUCCAUUGCUUUCUAAUUGAGAACAGGUGGUGUUCAGUCUGUAGUAAAAAUGACUGUUCAGUUAAUUCUUUGGUUUUCUAAUCUUUUACCUUUGCUACUGAUUGUUCAAAAUAAAAGCUUGGGUCUACAUAAGAGCAUUUGUCAAGGGGUGAGUUGUCAGACAUUCUUCAUAUGUUCAUACUUAGAUGUAGGCAUGCAUUGUAUACAA